UCCAAUCUUGGGCAGGAUAGUUGUUUCUUUUAUGCCAGCAUCUAGAACUCUUUGUGCGAUAAGACGCAGCUGGUCAGAAUUUGCAAAAUACGUUUCCAUACCGAAAGAGCAAGUUGAGAAUUUCAAAGAUGAAGAGGUCGAGACACGCAAAUCGAUUUGUGCUUCUCCUCGGAUCUGGUGGUGUCCCCUUGUGGUUCUCGGAAUACUCAACAUAUCAUGGAGCAUCUUCUUGCUUACACGCGCUCAGAAUUUGCCGAUAGAGCAAUCUUCACCAGCAGCUACAAAAGAAGUGGUAUUCACAGAAUUGCAACAUCUGGAUGGGCCUCAUUCCAAAGAGGAUGACCUCGCCUGGAAGGAUUUAGGUCCCAAAUCGAACUUUUUUACACUAGCCCAAGGCUCCAAGCGUUAUGGAUUUGAGCCAGGGGAGAUGAUAAACGACAGCAACUACACAGUUUCGAUGUUUCAUGAAUUACAUUGUUUGGUUGGUAUCCCUAUCUCAGCUCUUCAUCCACACAGAAAGCUGAAAACCUGACAGGUGAUGUUUCGUGAAAGCUAUUAUUCUGUUGUUGGAGGGGCCGUGUUGCCGAAACAUCUGCGUGAUGCGGACAGUCAUUUCGUCCAUUGUUUUAAUUACGUCAAACAAAGUGUUCUAUGCAGAGGCGAUUUGACACUGGAACCAAGGUCAGCAGAACCGCACUUUGACGGCGAUGCUACUAGCCUACAUCAAUGUGCGGACUGGGAAAAAGGUAUCGAAUGGAUAUAUAUCCAGCAUGUCUAGAUAAAAAUAAAGUAAC